AUGGACAACAAGACCUAUUUUGCAAUCUACACUCUGAUGGAACCAAGGGGCUCCAAAUCUUAUCGGCAUAUAUAUUUUACAUGCUUUUUGCUUCUUUAUGCUUUGAUACUGGUAAUGAACAUUUGGCUAAGUGUGGUCAUUGUUUUGGAGAGAGCCCUUCAUGAACCAAUGUACAUUUUUCUGUGCAAUUUAUGUAUAAAUUAUUUAUAUGGAGCAACAGGAUUUUACCCUAAAUUCCUGCAUGAUUUAAUUCUGGAUUCAUAUGUGAUUCCUUCUUUUAUGUGCGGCCUCCAAGCUUUUGUGAUCUACAGUUCAGUUAUGUGUGAGUGUACAACAUUAACAGUGAUGGCAUUUGACAGACAUGUGGCCAUAUGUCAACCUUUGGACUAUCACUCAAAACUGACUAAAAAUACAUGUGGCUUAUUACUUGUAUUCUGUUGGACUGUACCAUUUAUUUGUAUGUUCAUUGGAGUUGUGUUGUUAAAUAGGUUGGCUGUGUGUAAAUAUCAUAUUGACAAAUUAUACUGUGACAACUGG